UUUUGUGACCGACAACGAAAUUUACAUAUGGAACCGAAAGAAAAAAAUAAGUAGGUUUAUUUGACACAGCCUAGUAUAAAUAUACAUUAGGGUGCAUCACUCUCCAUACAAAAAAAAAUCGGUACAGUUUUUCCAUCCGAAUUAUGAAAUUCAUUUUAUUUUUUUUGAGACUUCUGCCAGUAUAUACUUCGCAAAUAUAUUAAGAUUUACGUGAGCUAGACGGGGUUGAAAAUACCUCAAUAUAUCGAUUUUUUAAUGAAUGAAGUUAGCUUUCAAAAUAACUUUUUCCAAAAAAUCAUUUCAGAUGAUAAAAAAAAUGUAGCCUAUAGGGUUUGCAUAACCAUAUUUAAAAAUUUAUCGACAGAAUCAAAAGAAUGAGUUUUUAGAGGUAUUUUCUAAUCGGCGCAGCUAACGUAAAUCUAAAUAUUUUUUCGAUAUAUUUUGGCGGAAUUCUUGCAAUAUAAUAAAUUUUAUAAUUCCGUUAGAAAAACCGCAAUUUUUGGGCGAGGCACUCUAAUGCACAUAUGUAUAUAGUACUGAAAACUAGCGUUAUAAGAAAAAAAUUGGCUAUUCAACGAAUGUAAUAUGGAGCUAUAAUGAACAUUUUCAUACACAAACAAGGAAGAGAUGGUAAGAUGUCCAUAUUUAUGACAUAAUAAAUACAUACGUGAAUUAUGACCUGACUAUAGAAAAAAAUAAGAACGGAUCGGGUAUUUAUUUAGGCCAAGAAUAGAAGUGACCCUUAUAUAUUAAAUUUACAUUGAGACCAAAUUCUGAAAUAGGGCCUUCUUUUAAAAUUUUCUGAGAUAGGGCGUUUUCGAAUUGGCUGCCGAGAAAGGUCGAUCUUCCACACAGCCGUCGAAAUAGUAUUCAUCUUGAAUGUGCGAAUGCCUAAGUCUGACCCAGAUAAGAUAUGCGGUUUUGAAAAAUAUGUACAUAAUUAAACGGCUAACGCACUUAGAUAGUGCCUCAAUAAGCGACAUGUAGAAAUUUAUAAGCGGCCCAAAAUGGUUAGGCCAAACUGGACACGAAUGUUGACAGGUUGUCUAUGGUAAAAUGAAAUAGCAUUGCCUACGAGAAAUUAAACAAAUUGACGCUACCAUGCUCUGUUGAUACCCGAAUGGCAACACGGAAAGUACUUGCAGUAACCAACCAACAAACUUAGUAUUUUAUCUAUAGCGGUACUUCGUUAGUGAUUAGCUGCACGCCACUGUAUGUACGUAAAUGAUAUGAUAGCAAAAACAAAGACACAAUGAAAUUAAAUAAAUUUAAAUUAUCAUUUUAAUGGUCAAUAAAAAAAGUAUUGUGUAUUUCUUAUUGUAGCAGAAGUCCCGUGGAGGUAUACGAGUGAUAAAAAAUAAUAAAGCUAAAUUACUGAUAACAUUUAUGCCUUUACUAUAUAAAGUGUGAGCACAAAAAAAAAUCUGCUAUACGAGCCCUAACUUCGCGCGUGCAUCGAAAAGUUGCACAGCUACCACAGAAAAAUAAGUAUAUCUAGUGAUAACUUCUGAAUACAUCAUGAGUGAAUGGGAGAAAAAUAAGGAAAUACAAUUAUUGCAGGAAUACUUGCGUAUUCCCAGUGUCCAUCCGGAUAUUGAUUACACGCCAUGCGUGGAAUUCCUGAAGAAGCAAUCAAAAGACCUAAAUCUACCCUUAAAGGUUUAUCAUCCUGGCGGUCCUACAAAACCGAUUGUGGUCAUAACAUGGUUGGGGCAACAGCCGCAGCUACCAUCGAUAAUGUUAAAUUCACAUAUGGAUGUAGUGCCGGUUUAUCCAGAAAAAUGGACACAUCCACCUUUUGCUGCUGAGAUCGAUGAGGAAGGUCGCAUAUUUGCACGUGGUUCACAGGAUAUGAAAUCUAUUGGCAUGCAAUAUUUGGCUGCUUUACGCGCGUUAAAAAAGAAGGGCGUGGUGGCGUUGAAACGCACCAUUCAUGUGACUUUCAUGCCAGAUGAGGAAAUUAGCGGCGUGCUUGGAAUGAAAAGUUUCGUAACAACAGAUGAUUUUCGAAAUUUUAAUGUAGGCCUUUGCUUAGAUGAAGGCGUGGCAAAUACAAAUGAUGAAUAUACUGCCUACUAUGCAGAAAAGACUAUUUGGUACGUUCAAUUCAUUAUACAUGGACCUGCUGGACAUGGAUCGCUGCUGCACAAAAACACUGCGGGUGAAAAAUUGGAAUAUAUUCUCAAUAAAAUGAUGGACUUAAGGCGGCAGGCAGAACAGAAAUUAAAAAGUAAUCCCGCUUGCAGUCUCGGUGAUGUGAAUACCUUAAACUUGACUGUAGUAAAGGGUGGCGUUCAGUCGAAUGUGGUGCCACCAGUAAUUGAAGCUACUUUUGACUUACGUUUAGGUAUCAACGCAGAUCUAGAAGGUUUGGAAAAACAGCUUCGAACUUGGUGCGAAGAGGCAGGAGGCGAUAUAGAUAUUAAUUUUAAGACGAAGGACAAGAAGAUUGCGACAACUUUUGACAUAAGCGACACAAAUCCAUUUUGGGUUGGAUUCAAAACAACAAUGGAAAAACUGGGCUUGAAGCUUCGCCACGCAGUGCUACCGGGUGUCACAGACGUUCGCUAUUUGCGUGAAUUGGGCAUUCCCGCUUUAAAUUUCUCACCAAUGGCAAAUACACCAAUUCUACUUCACGAUCAUGACGAGUUCCUGAAGGUAGAAACUUAUUUGAAAGGCAUUGAAAUAUACGAAAAUUUAUUGGCAACCAUUGCAAAUGUUUAAAAAUAGGGCUACAAAUUAUAAUGUAUUCUCCUUACAAACAACUUUUUAUACAUAUUUGUAAAUUACCCAAAAGAUUUAAUUAUUAUUUUUAAACAAUUUAACGGGAUCACCUACAAUCUAUUUUAAGACAUUUAUUAAAACUUAUCUAAAUAUCAUGUUAUCUAAUGAAUAUUGGGGUACAUGGUUGUGUGCACAUUAAACACAUCCUUUAGUUAUAACAAACAAAGUCAUUAUAAUUUUAAAAUAAAGUUUACAUACAAAUUUAA